AUGUUGGUGGCUGAGAUGGGUACGGAGAAGAAGGAGAUAGUGGGCAUGAUUAGAGGAUGUAUCAAAACCGUUACGUGUGGCAAAAAAAUCGAUUUAAAUCAAAACGACACCGUUUAUAAGCCUCUCUACACUAAACUCGCUUACGUUUUAGGCCUUCGUGUCUCUCCUUCUCACAGGAGACAAGGGAUUGGGUUUAAACUGGUUAAGAUGAUGGAAGAAUGGUUUAGUCAAAACGGCGCCGAAUAUUCGUAUAUAGCAACGGAAAACGACAAUCAAGCUUCGGUUAAUCUAUUCACCGGUAAAUGCGGUUAUUCCGAGUUCCGUACACCGUCGAUUUUGGUCAACCCGGUUUACGCACACCGAGUCAACGUCUCGAACCGUGUAACGAUCAUCAAAUUAGACCCGGUCGAUGCGGAGUCCUUAUACCGGCUCCGGUUUAGCACGACCGAGUUUUUCCCGCGUGAUAUCGAUUCGGUGCUCAAUAACAAACUCUCCCUCGGGACUUUCGUAGCUGUGCCACGUGGAAGCUGUUACGGAUCCGGGUCUGGAUCAUGGCCCGGUUCGUCUAAGUUCCUCGAAUACCCACCCGAGUCAUGGGCGGUUUUGAGCGUGUGGAAUUGCAAAGACUCGUUUCGGUUAGAGGUUCGUGGCGCGUCGAGGUUAAGGCGCGUGGUGGCUAAAACGACGCGCGUGGUCGAUAAAACGCUGCCGUUUUUGAAAUUACCUUCGAUUCCUUCGGUUUUUAAACCGUUUGGGCUUUGCUUCAUGUACGGAAUCGGAGGAGAAGGCCCACGCGCGGCGAAGAUGGUUAAAUCGCUUUGUGCUCACGCGCAUAAUAUCGCGAAAGACGGCGGUUGCGGCGUUGUGGCGGCGGAAGUCGCCGGAGAAGAGCCGUUACGGCGAGGAAUACCUCACUGGAAAGUGCUAUCGUGCGCCGAGGAUCUUUGGUGUAUUAAACGGCUUGGAGAAGAUUUUAGUGAUGGUGUUGUUGGUGAUUGGACUAAAUCGCCACCUGGAGUUUCGAUUUUUGUGGACCCUAGAGAAUUUUAA